GCCUGUUCCCACCCAGCCUGGCCAGCUCAGGAAAUGGAACACACAGCACAUAAAUCCCACCGAGCCAAGAGGGCGGCCAAGAGGGCUGCCUGGCUGGAAGUGGUUGGGGAAGUCAGCAGUUAAAAGGGGACAGGUGGCCUGGAAGCCAGGAGCUUGACUUUGGGUUCUCUCUGAAAAGACAGGAGGGAGACCAGAGCAACUCCGGGCUGGGGGACCAGCAUGAGGCUAGGCUCAAAAGACUGGGUUGCACCUUCUGCACCGAGUAUUAACUGAGCACCUGAUGGAAGUUCUGGAGAUUCAGUGGAGGACAGCCUCAUCAGAUCACUUCAGUGACGUGGCUUUGGCAUGAUGUUUAAUGUUGGAGGAUGCUGUAAGAAGUAUUAUAAAGAGACUCCUUACUAUUUAUUGUUAACUAACUACUCCCCCUGUCUUCACCCACAAAUGUGAAAGAUAAAGGAUCAUGUAAAAAUUUACCCAAGGAAGGGAAGGAGCUAGAAAAAGGCUAGGAUUUGGGACCAAUUACUCUACAGAGACAAAGCAGUCUUGGUAGUUUUCAAACUAGAACCUCCUCGCAGCUGGUCCUUGACCCUGGUGGAACAGAAACAGAUAUGUGUGUUUGAACCGUCCAAAACACAAGGUCAGAAUGCUACUUCCCUGUCAUGCCCUAGCUGUAGCUGCCAUCCAGAUCUUCAUCUUCUCAGAAAACUGCGCAUUUGCCAAGAACAUCAACUUCUAUAAUGUGAGGCCUCCUCUUGACCCUACACCAUUUCCAAACAGCUUCAAGUGCUUUACCUGUGAAAAUGCAGGGGAUAAUUAUAAUUGCAAUCGGUGGGCCGAAGACAAAUGGUGUCCACAAAAUACACAAUAUUGUUUGACAGUUCAUCACUUCACCAGCCACGGAAGAAGUACAUCCAUCACCAAAAAGUGUGCCUCCAGAAGUGAAUGUCAUUUUGUCGGCUGCCACCACAGCCGAGAUUCGGAACAAACGGAGUGUAGGUCUUGCUGUGAAGGAAUGAUCUGCAAUGUAGAAUUACCCACCAAUCACACAAACGCAGUCUUUGCUGUAAUGCACGCUCAAAGAACGUCUGGCAGCAGUGUCCCUGCGCCCUGUGUACCAGUGCUUAUCUGGGUCUUUGUGCUUCCAUUUCUAUGAUGCCACCGUUACUUGGAGGGGCAGAGACCAGCCCUCUAAAGCACAAACCAAAACCACUGUGCAUGGUGAACUUUGGCAUGAAGACCAACCUCACAUGUGGUGAAGAGUAUGCAUCAGGCCCCAGGGCAGAAGCCUAUGGUUUGCUUUGAUAAAAUGCUCCUGUCUGAGGCCACGGGACCAAGGAUGAGAAUUGUCAAGAACUGAGAAGAUGGUCCAACUUCCAGACUUCCUGGUCAAAGGAGGCUCCAUUUGGCCAGUUCUGCAGGGAGGACCCUGGAGAUUAGUUCCCACUGGCCUAGGCCUUCAUCUGAAAGGAUUUCUUGACCUCGUUGACAGGAGGCUCCAGGGAAAACCCUAUUGUUUCUAUGAUUAACCCAGAGUGUCUCUGUGAAAUCUAGCCCUUUCUCCCCAGGAGAAAGCAAUCUCUCCCACCAGUAGCACAGUAAAUAAGAAAGGCAACUCUAGGAAGAAAACUUGAAGUUGAACUAAUAUGAAUUCCAUUUGCUAACUGGAGGGAAAUAAAGCUUUUAAUUUAUAC